CCCGCAGUCUAUCUCACGACUAAUAUUACAAAAUCAUAAAAUUCUUGGCCCUUGACCAGAUAAAGAUGCCUUUCGAUACUCUCUCAGAAUCCCAAUUCCAUCAUAUCCCUCACCUGGAAGGAGGCCCGCCAGAGGUGUAUUUUGUGGACAGAUUUGGAACGCCUAAGGGCCCGAACACAGAGAACCCUUUGACUGGUUCCAUGUUCCUUCUGGAAUACGCAGAAGUUUUUAACCCACCCCCCAAGUACAUGUACGAUGAAUCGGGCGUCGUCAUCAAAGGCCAGCUGAUCAUCACCGAUGAAUCUGGAAAGACUGCAACUUGCAACCCUGGAGAUACGUUCUUCAUUCACCGUGGGAGUACCAUAACUUUCAGCACGCCCAAAUUUGCCGUCGCUUACAAGGUGGCUGCACGUUGGAAGGAUGCUCAUUGAUUAGUAGUACCAAAGUGCCUCAAUUGGCAGAUAAUAAAACAAGAAUUUAUCUCUGC